AUGCUCAAUGCAAUCCACUCUAUCGUGGGCCACACAAUAGCAUCAGAGCUGUCCAACAAACUUCUUUCUCCCAGGAACAUUCUAGAUAGUGCGCUCAAUCAGCCGUUAACUACAUCUAACGCGGAUACAUUUGCUGACCUCAUUGUUUAUGCUGAACGUGAAAGUUUGAGCCAGGAUACUGCACGCGAAUACUUCCAACUUGUUCGGGAUAGCAUACCUAUCGAUGAAAACUUAAAAAGAGAAUUUAACGCUAAAUCAACCGAUUUUGAACGUGUUUGCUUUUUCCUAGAACUUCUGGGAAGGUCAAAUGAGGCUUCAUCGUCGAUUUCAAAGCUCGGAUUCCGCAAAGCAAAUAGAGAUAUAAAACGUUCUUUUAAGAAAUCGGAUAUUGUCUCAAAACUUUGCUUAGUGGAUAGUGGAGAAUGUGACAUUAAUUCCGAUGCCGACAAGAAACUGGAGUAUUCAACACUUGCCGUUUUCUACGCGUCUUCUAAAGAGCAGUUAUGCUUAACUUUGGCUGCUCGCUCAACAGUUUUAUACAGCUUGGGUUUACUCAAUGAAGCUAUUCGAGAUGCUAAAAGAGCUCUAAAGUUUAAUAGAGGAGAUAUCGAAAAAGGAAAAAUUAACUCCUAUUUGGGCAAAUACUACACGGAAAUUGGCAAAUUUAAAAAGGCCCAGCGAUACUUUCAGGAGGCACGGAUCCUUCUUAAGGAACAUCAGGAUUCUCAAUGGGCUCAAAUGGCGAAAGAUGCCGAGCAAGAAUGUUUAAGGAAAGAAAGGAAAGGCCUCAAGAGCACAGCUUUUCAGAGUGAAUUUUGUGUCCACUUUCCAAUGCCUCCGCCAGUGCAUCAUGGAGUUCCCCGGGCAACAACCGAGUCCCCAGCUCCAUCGGCAAGUAGCAACUUACAACCCGUACUCCGGAAGGAUAAUAAGGGUUGGGCAAUGAUAGCCACAAGAGAUAUUAAGGAAGGUGAAAUCAUUUUUGUUGAAGAACCCUAUGCUACGUCAGUAGGAUUGAAACGAACUUUCUUCUGCUAUGUGUGUUUCAAACGAUGCCAUAAUCUAAUUCCUUGUGCAAGAUGUUCCAGUGUUGGCUUUUGUAGCAAGAAGUGCAAAAAGAGAGGAAAACAAAAUGGACAUAUCUACGGUUGUCGAGGUUUGAUGCCGUGUACUUACUUGAGCGUUUUCGAUGGAAAUAAGGAGAAUCCGGAAUUUCCAUCUCAUCAAGGACCUGUCGCACUUCUUGCCUAUAAUUGUAUUGCCAACACUAAUCCUCAACGUCUUCUUGAUUACAUCUGUUCCACAGGAGAAUAUAAGGCAAGUGAUCGCUUCAUGGCUUUGCAGAACGAACUUAUAAACUCAUCGCUUUGCUCCUCAUUCUCCCCAUCAUCAUCAUCAUCAUCAUCAUUGUCAUCAUUGCCACAGGUUGAAACACGGAUUUUUCCCAAAACCGACUCAUCUCUAUUAUAUUUGAUACUUGAUUUGGUUAACUGGGAAGUUGAUGUAAUAAUUCGCAUCUUGUUCAAGAAUGAACCUGGCCACCAAGCCUUCGUUGGUUCAGACAAAGUUCGAAGGACCCCACCCAAGCAAAUAGGCUCAUUCGAUUACUCGUCAGUUGCAUUUCUACCAGCGUGCUCAGAAAAGCGAUCAUUUGAAAAUCUGUGGAGCCUCACCAUGGCAGCUGUUUAUCUAACCUUCUGUUUCCACAUUGGUGGAUAUCCAAUGAAAUGGUGCAGGGAAACAGAUCUGUUCUUCGAGCUACCAUCUGCCAGUAAACGGCCAGACUGCAUCCCAGCAAGUUGGCUUGCCUCCUGUCUUCUCUACCACUUGCAAACUAUUGGCAUUAAUUCGUUUUCAGUAACUGAACUGGCAGGCAAGGAAAAAUUUGAUGAGGGUCGUUCUCUCGAUCGUAUAGGCCGCACGCUCCUCCCCGCCCUAUCUCUUAUAAAUCACUCUUGUGUGCCUUCAGCCGAUGUGUUAACCACCUCAGAGGGAUAUGGAAUUUUGAUCGCCUGGAAAUUUAUACCAAAGGGAGAUGAAGUCACCAUUAAUUAUUUUCCUGAUUAUAGCAAUAGAUCAGAUGAAAGACAUGCUAUACUGCUAAAUAGGUUCUACUUCAAUUGCACUUGUUCAGCUUGUAAUAUUCAGUCGUCGUUUCCAAACCCAGAGGGAGAGAUCAUUCUCAUUUGUCUAAAAUGCAAAGCGAAAUAUCCUAUAGACAAACGCUGUCCGAGGUGCAACUCCAAAUUGGGUUCACGUUUUUACAAUAAAACUGUCUCCAAAUUUACAACUACGAUCGUUAAUUGCUUCGAACACAAUUACUUUGAUUUGAAAGCUUUUAAACGUUUCCGUAAGAGCUUGAAAUCACGUAUCCACCCACCUCAAAGGGCGUUGAAAUUAGCUAGAGCCUUCUAUCAAACUGCAAUCCACUAUUCCUAUGGUUUGUGGACCAUAGAGCCGUGGCAUAAAGGUAGAAAAUUGGAAACACAAACACCCAUUGAAGGAGAAGAAGAAGAAGAAGUAGAAGAAAAAGAGAGCAUUUGA